GUUAUUUCUCACCCAGGCGUAUAGAGAGAGCCCCAGCAACUCCGGACGCAGCUUAAAUCUUUUUUACUUUAGAGGGGAGGGGAAAAGAGAGAGAGAGAGAGAGAAGCCCUCGUUACCGAAAACACGCUUCUCUUCCUGGUAGGAGCUGCAUUGCUCUUCUUUUUCAGCUUUCGUCUCCUCUAACCAUGUUUUCUUAGUGCAGUAAUUCCUCCCCCCCCCCCGCCCCGAACUUGCCUCACAUGGUGGUGGAAGAGAGACCUCUGGAAAGCGGCGAAUGGUAGAAAGGAUCUAAAACUUUUUUUGUGUGUGGAGGGGGGAAUCUCUUGAGGGGACAAAAGGAAAGUUGGGGCUGCUCUCUAGAGGCGCAGCGCGAGCGAAAGGGAUCGCAUCCACCCCUUAUUUUUUUCCCCCCGUGUCGUCGCUGCACCACCGGGAACUUUGGGGUGUUUCUUUUGUUCGCCCCGAUCGCUUGGUGAGCUCGCCUGGCUGGCUGGACGCCGGGAGUUUCUCCCUCCUACUCUGUUGUGGAAACAUGGCUUGGGUCAGGUGGGCAUUUCUGGUCGGUGCCUGUCUCUUUUUGUCCCCGGCUCUCGAAGCCUCCGAGAAGGGGAGCCACCGGACGGUCACCUACGUGCUGCGCCCGGAGGAGACGGGCGCGCCGAGCGGCCGCCGGCAAAGCGGAUGGCAGCGCCUGCCGCCGCGCACCUUCAACGUGGAGUUGCUGGACACUCGUUACAGCAGCAGCAGCAGCGGCACCCGGCGCAGUAACGGCGGCGGCAGUCGGACGACCACCACCACCUUGGAGCGGACCCGUAGGAUGAGCAAAGCCGGCAGUCCCAGCAUGCAGCUUCGCUUGGGCCCCACCGUGCAGCUCCAGCACCACAAGCCUGCCAGCGGCCGCACGGCAGCCGCCGCCUCCUUCAGUAAGGCAGGCAAGCUGGUCGCACGAACCAAACUUCAGCUCCAGCGCCAGAGCAACGGCACCUCUAGCGUGCAGGUUCAUCCCAAGCCCCAUCUGCAAGGGGUGAAUGUCUGUGGAGGUCAGUGCUGUCAUGGUUGGAGCAAAGCACCUGGCUCUCAGAGGUGUACCAAACCUAACUGUUCACCCCCAUGCCAAAAUGGAGGGAUGUGUCUGCGACCACAGCUUUGUGUGUGUAAACCAGGAACAAAAGGUAGUGUUUGUGAGGAUUCAACUAAACAAGAAACGGCUCCACCGGGAGGACCAGGUCCUGUGACACCACCAUGGCCUAUUCCUCAGCGGUCUGCUCAACAAACAUUUUCAAAGAAGGUGCAGAUCCAACAAAAAAACAGUCCUAUGACCCAGAUGACUUUCACACUGAAGCAAAAGCCCUCUGGAUUACCUCAACAAGUGCAGUCACAAAUGAUCCCUGUUUCAUCCCAGACUUUGAUGAUGAAUGUGCAUCAUGGCCAAACGCAAGAAUAUGUUAUCAAGCCCAAGUACUAUCCAGCAAAGAAAGUGAUUUCAGGAGAACAGUCUACAGAGAGUUCGUUGCCUUUAAGACUGAGCCACGAUCAUGCAUCGCCUUUCCAGUUGGGGAAUCACACGGGACGCAUCAAGGUGGUCUUUACACCCAGCAUCUGUAAAGUGACUUGUAAAAAAGGCACCUGCCAAAACAGCUGUGAGAAAGGAAACACCACAACACUGAUUAGUGAAAAUGGACACGCUGCUGACACCUUGACAGCAUCCAACUUCCGAGUAGUAAUUUGCCACCUUCCUUGUAUGAAUGGAGGCCAAUGUAGCUCAAGAGAUAAGUGCCAGUGCCCUCCUAAUUACACUGGUAAACUUUGUCAGAUCCCUGUGCAGAGCAGCAGUGCUCCAAAACUUUAUCAUAAUCCACAGCAAGCAAGCAAGCCCAUGGGAUCACAUGUCAUCCAUUCCACGCAUACUUUGCCACUGACGAUGCCGGGGCAGCAAGGAGUAAAAGUGAAAUUUCCUCCCAAUAUUGUGAACAUCCAUGUGAAACAUCCUCCUGAAGCUUCAGUGCAGUUUCAUCAAGUUUCAAGAAUUGAUAGCACAUCAUCUGGACAAAAAAACAAGGCAAAGCCAUCCCAGUCAGGACACUCACAGGUUUCUUAUCAAAGUAUACCCUUUCAGAAGACCCAGAAAAUACAUUCAACCUACUCACAUCAACAACCUAUGUCUCAUAUGUUCCCCAUUUCUGGUAAAACCCAGCUUGGACGGUGCUUCCAGGAGACUACUGGGACCCAGUGUGGUAAAGCACUCCCUGGUCUCUCAAAGCAAGAAGAUUGCUGUGGGACUGUGGGUACUUCCUGGGGUUUUAACAAAUGCCAAAAAUGUCCAAAAAAAACAGCUUACCCAGCAUAUAGCCCAGUAGUGGAUUGUCCACAAGGUUACAAGAGAAUUAAUGCAACAUUUUGUCAAGAUAUUAAUGAAUGUCAGCUCCAAGGGGUAUGCCCUAAUGGUGAGUGUUUGAAUACCAUGGGCAGCUAUAGGUGCACCUGCAAAUUGGGAUAUGGGCCAGACCCUGCUCUUUCCAGAUGCAUCCCUGAUAAUCCCAUGGUCACUGAAGAGAAAGGGCCCUGCUACCGGUUUGUCAGUGCAGGAAAGCAGUGUAUGCACCCUCUCUCUGUUCAGCUCAGCAAGCAGCUCUGCUGUUGCAGUGUUGGCAAAGCCUGGGGCCCCCACUGUGAGAAAUGUCCCCUUCCAGGAACAGCUGCUUUUAAGGAAAUCUGCCCUGGUGGAAUGGGCUAUACGGUUUCUGGCUCUCACAGAAACAAGCUAUAUCAUCACCCAGCAGUUAGAAUUCAGCCACCUGUCAUUGGCAAGACCCAGAUUACGCAUCAUGUUGCUAAAGGUACUUCUCCUCCACCUCUCCCAGCAAAGGAAGAGCCAGUGGAGGCACUGACCAUCUCACAGAAAAGUGAGCCAGAGGUGGCUGUGCGAGAAGUGGGAACUGCAGCCCCAGAUCAGGUAACACAUAAAUUGAAUACAAUUUUGCUUAUUUGUAAAAAAGGAAAUGAGUUUGAGGUCUUUGGGAUUUACGUGGCAUUAUGGAAGAAAUUAGUUAUGUUUUGA